AUGCAGACUGAACUCAUCAAACAGGUCAGCGGGAGUUACUUACGACCGGUGGACGUCACGCUUUUGGCCUCUCUUUUACCUGCGUCUCAUCCUUCUGCGCGGCCAAUCAGCAGCUCCGGAGGGGGUUCUGAGAGUCACCAGCGUCACCGCCACAAUGACACACUCGCCAUGUGCCAGACGCUUGACGAAAGUUUGCAGACGCUGGGCAACAAUGUGAGUCAGUGA